CCCGCCCGCCCGCCCCGCGCCGGGACAGCCGCGCUCGGCAACGCCGGAGCUCCGGGCUGCACUUGUUGAUCUCCGUUCCGAGGCAGCGGGAGGGAGCACCGGAGCUUUCCUUUGUGUCUGCACGGAGAGCGGGCUGGGGGAGGGGGCAGACGCGGCUCCGGCGCUGGCUGUAGGCAGGAGAGAGGAGCCGCAGCCGAGGGAAGGCCUUGGAAAGCUUCCUGCCGAAGGAUACGAUUUACCUCGUUUCCCUUCCCCUCCCCCUGGGCUCCGCGGACAGCCGGGAGCGCCGCCGCCAUCCCUCCGCCUUGAGGCUGCCCGCGGGGGGAUGCGAGCGGGGCCGCCCCUGCCGCCCGCCCCGCCGCAGGAUGUAGCCGCCCUCGGCCCCGCACACCCCGCACCGCCUCGCUGGGAGCCCGCAGGAGGAGCUCUGGGGCAUGGAGGGGAAGGAGAGGUGAGCAGAGCCGGCCCCCGCGCCCUGCCCCGCGCCGCACCUUGGAGCGUCCAGCCUGAGGGGGACCAGCGAUGCCUCUGGGGAUGAAUAAGCAUGGAUCUCGCUCUACUACCUCUUUGCCUCCGGACCCCACCGAGAUCGUCAGGAGCAAGGCCUGCUCCCGAAGGGUCAAGCUCAACGUGGGGGGGCUGGCCCACGAGGUUCUCUGGCGGACCUUGGACAGGUUGCCGCGGACCAGGCUGGGUAAGCUCAGAGACUGCAACACACACGACUCCCUCAUGGAGAUCUGUGAUGACUACAACCUGGAGGAGAACGAGUACUUCUUCGACAGGCAUCCCGGGGCAUUCACCUCAAUCUUGAACUUCUACCGUACUGGCAAGCUGCACAUGAUGGAGGAGAUGUGCGCCUUGUCCUUCAGCCAGGAGCUGGACUACUGGGGGGUGGACGAGAUCUACCUGGAGUCCUGCUGCCAGGCCCGCUACCACCAGAAGAAGGAGCAGAUGAACGAGGAGCUGAAGAGAGAAGCUGAGACCCUGAGGGAAAGGGAAGGGGAGGAAUUCGAUAACACUUGCUGUGCUGAGAAAAGGAAAAAGCUCUGGGACCUCCUGGAGAAGCCCAACUCCUCCGUAGCGGCCAAG